AUGGUAUCCACCACUCAGUCGAGGUCCUUAAAAGCCAUGGGAGAAGAAAUCUGGAAAAAUAAGACAGAAAAGAUCAAUACAGAGUUAUUUACGCUAACAUAUGGUUCCAUAGUGGCACAAUUGUGUCAAGAUUAUGAACGUGAUUUUAACAAAGUGAAUGAUCAUCUAUAUAGUAUGGGAUAUAAUAUCGGCUGUAGGCUUAUUGAGGAUUUCUUGGCCAGGACGGCGUUGCCACGGUGCGAGACUUUAGUAAAGACAAGCGAAGUACUGAGUAAGUGUGCGUUCAAAAUAUUUUUGAAUAUCACACCCAGUAUAACGAACUGGUCACAUAAUAAGGAUAUGUUUUCGUUGAUCUUGGACGAGAACCCAUUGGCUGAUUUCGUGGAGUUACCUAUGGACGCUAUGAAGUCGCUCUGGUAUUCCAACAUAUUAUGUGGUGUUUUAAAGGGGUCGCUUGAAAUGGUGCAGUUAGAUUGUGACGUCUGGUUUGUAUCAGAUAUCUUGAGAGGCGACUCCCAGAAUGAGAUCAAGGUCAAGUUAAAUAGAGUAUUGAAAGAUGAAAUACCGAUUGGCGAAGAUUAG